GAUAUUACGUAUAAUCAACCCUAGUUCACGCACGCUCCUCGCUCGUCGACCUCAACGCCUCCCCCUUUCUCUCCGACUCGACCUCCCUUCUCCGACUAGUCACGACCUCUCUCCCUCCCUCAUUUCGUUGGACGCGAGACCUCUCUCUCUCCUUCAGUUUGUCGCCGACUCGUCGGAACCUCUUUCUCCGUCACAGGCGAGUUCGAUUUGUGUUUUCUGAGCCUCCGAGGUAGUGGUCGCCAUUGUUGUUGGCGAACGAUAAAAGAUGGAUGCCAAAGUAUCUAGCUCGCCCGGAAGCCUCACUGAUCAGAUUGUGGUUCCGGGAGACGUGGUUCUUGAUUUAUCUGCCAUGACUAACCAAACAAUCAAGCUUGGCAGUGGCCUUCGUCAGGACGGUGAUGUGAUAUCUGCAAUGAAAGCUGGGAAAUUGAGAUACUCAAAGCCAAGUAAAUACUGGGUGGAAAGUUCUCAUAAAAGGUACACACCUUGCCCGGAGGAUCAUGUUCUUGGCAUCGUGGUAGAUUCUAGAGCAGAUAAUUUCAUGGUGGACGUAAAAGGACCUCAAAUGGCGCUUUUGCCUGUACUGGCAUUUGAAGGUGGGACAAGGAGAAAUAUACCCAAGUUUGAGGUAGGCACUCUAAUCUAUGUUCGGGUUGUGAAGACGAACACGGGAAUGAAUCCGGAGCUGUCAUGUACUGACGCAAGCGGAAAGGCUGCAGAAUUUGGACCCUUAAGAGAUGGUUUCAUGUUUGAAACUUCAACUGGUUUGGCAAGGAUGUUGCUAAGCUCACCAACAUGCCCAGUCCUCGAAACCCUUGGGAAGAAACUUUCAUUCGAGAUUGCGGUCGGCCUAAAUGGCAGAGUCUGGGUAAAUGCAGCCUCUCCUCGUGCGGUGAUUAUUGUCGCCAAUGCGAUCAUGAACUCUGAGUUGUUAAGCGGGACACAGCAGAGGAUCAUGGUGGAGAAAUUGCUUGGAAAAGUCUCAGAGUGAGUGAUCCAAGAGGGUAGCUCUGUGUGGGAUUGGCGUUAAUGCUUCUCCAUCAAUUGUUAGGGUUCUAAUGUUCGCCCAAAUGCCUAUGAUUCGUGAUCGUUAAAUCUGUAUCCAUCCAGCAUUCUUCUGUUUCUUUUUCGGGAAACUUACCUAAAAAGGACAGAUGUGAAGCAUCAAGAACAGGUUAUGGGUUUCGGUUCCAUCUUGGACAUUAAUCCGAGGUUGAUGGGUUUGUGUUCUUAAUC